AUGCCGGCGGCACCGAUGAUUCCCAGCGCGAGGCAUUUGUCGAGGCUCGAGGGCAUGACAUUGCGCUCUUUAUCGGUAUCUUUACACAAAUAUCAAUCUCAUCCAUCUCGAGUGGUGGUGGCAGCGCAUUUCAGAUGGCCGCUCACUGGCGGCACGACUUUCAUUCCCGUUAUGACAUCAAGGGCUGAUGCACUUCCAGAAGACAACUGGAUAUUCCUCGUCGACAACAAGGUGCCCGAGAACCUCCGUCUACCCACGUUCGGGAAGUGGUGCACGUCCUACUUCGACCACACUGACAUCAUCGGGCGCGACCUCGACAAGCUGUCCUGGGUGUGCGCAUUUGGGAUCACUGUGAUGUGGGCGGUGCAGGAUGACGAGAAGGAGUUGAGGUCUGCGGAUACGAAGCCGGCCAAGUACAGGAUUGUUGGUGGGACUAAUCAUUUUGUUCAUUGGGAUGAUCUGGAAAAGGCACUGGACGCAUUCGUUGCUAUGGCAUAG